AUUCCUCCUCCUCCUCCCUCUUCUGCUUCAUACUCAGAACCUUCUUCCUCCCCUCCCAUAUUCCUUCCCUCAUAUCGGAGAGUGAGCUUCUCAUCACAAGAAGACACAACUGCUGCAAUCAUGCUCCACGAACACAAGACGGAGCCCGUCUCCAACGACGCUUCGUCCAUGGAGAAGGUCGACUACGACAAGGCCGUCUCGCUCCACGAGGAUGCCUCUGAUGAAAUCUACGACAAGAAGGCCACCAGCCGCCUUCUCCGCAAGAUGGACAGCCGUCUGCUGCCGUUCCUCGCCCUGCUCUACCUCCUGUCCUUCCUUGAUCGUGCCAACAUCGGCAACGCCAAGCUCGCUGGCCUCGAGGAAGAUCUCGACAUGACCGGCAAGUGGGACUACAAUAUCGCCGUGUCCAUCUUCUUCCCCUUCUACGUCGCCGCUGAGAUUCCCUCCAACAUUGCCAUGAAGAAGUGGCGCCCGUCACUCUGGAUUCCGUCCAUCAUGAUCGCCUGGUCCGCCAUGACCAUGGUCAUGGGUGCCGUCCACAGCUUCGAGGGUCUCCUCGGUGUUCGCAUGGCCCUGGGUCUCUCCGAGGGUGGUCUCUUCCCCGGUAUCACCUACUACAUCACCAUGUGGUAUAAGCGCCACGAGUGCGGUCUCCGCAUGGCCAUCUUCUUCUCUGCCGCCACUGCCGCCGGUGCCUUCGGUGGUCUCCUCGCCCGUGGCAUCAUGGAGAUGGACGGUGUUGGUGGACUCAACGGCUGGGCCUGGAUCUUCAUCCUCGAGGGUCUCAUCACCUUUGUCUUCGCUGUCAUGGCCUUCUUCGUCAUGUACGACUACCCCGACACUGCCAAGUUCCUGGACGACAAGGAUCGCAAGGAGGUUAUCCGCCGCCUCGAGGAAGACCGCUCCGUCCUGUCCGACAGGUUUGAGAUGAAGUUCAUGAAGGAUGCCUUCAAGGACUGGAAGAUCUACGUCCACAUGUUGAUCACCAUUGGCAUUUACACCCCUCUCUACUCCAUCUCCAUCUUCCUGCCCAGCAUUGUCGCCAGUCUCGGCUACACCAACGAGAAGGCCCAGCUCAUGACCGUCCCUCCCUACGUCGUUGCUUGCCUCUUCACCGUCGGCGGUGGCUUCGCUGCUGAUAAGCACGGCCAGCGUGGUCUCUACAUGAUCGGAUUCUGCCUUGUUGCCAUGACCGGCUUUGCCAUCCUUCUGGGUACCGAGAGCAACGGUGCCAAGUACGUCGCCUGCUUCCUGGUCACCUCAGGUAUCUACCCCAACGUUCCCCAGGGUGUCGCCUGGAACGGCAACAACAUCGGCGGCUCUCUGAAGCGAGGUGUCGGUAUCGCCAUGCACGUCGGCUUCGGUAACCUCGGCGGCGCCGUCGCUGGCUUUGUCUACCGCAAGUCCGAUCUCCCCCACUACAAGUCGGGCCACGGCACCCUGCUCGCCUCCACCUCGAUGAGCUGCAUCCUCAGCAUCUACAUGACCUGGUACCUGCGCCGCGAGAACGCCCGGCGCGACCUCACCCACAAGGCUCCCGAGGAGUACACCCGCGCCGAGAAGGAGAUGGAGCAGGACCGUGGCGACAACGCUACCUUCUUCCGAUACACCGUCUAAGCGAGCGGGGCCUUGCAUGCGAUGUGGCACAAAUGUUGUAUAUAUGGGAUAAGCGGUGCUUUUUGUCUAAUGCCGCCAUGGGAUAUGCGAAUCGGGAACGGGCCCAGGGAUUUACGGGACCUUUUGU